UUUUUUUUUUACUACGUUGCCCGGCAUUAACAUAUGGCAUAAAGGGGAGCACAGCUGGAGGUAGCGUUUCCAUUGCGGUGAUGUCAGAGCAGCUGACUCCACAGCUUGCGGUGUAAUUAGCAGGCAGAGCAGCAGUUUACUCGCUCUGCACCGCUCUUAUUUUUUUUUUCCUCCCUUCACCUCAGCCUCCUGGACGAGCUCUUUCGCUCCCGUUCCCACUCGGUUGUCUCGUAGGCUACACAGUUUUUAUUUUUCAUAUUUCGGAAAGGCGCCCGGGUGCGUUUUGGAAGCGCAGGAAUACCCAGUUGGGAAUAAUUUGGAGAGGGGGAUCCGUUCACUGAAUGAUGCGAAGGUUAUGAAGGAAGAAUGGAGUUCCCAGACCAUAGCCGCCAGUUGCUGCAAUGUCUGAGUCAGCAGCGUCACCAAGGCUUCCUCUGUGACUGCACUGUUCUGGUCGGCGAGGCUCGGUUCAAAGCACACAGAGCCGUGCUGGCCUCCUGCAGCAUGUACUUCCACCUCUUCUACAGGGACCAGCUGGACAAAAGGGACGUUGUGCAUCUCAACAGUGACAUUGUGACGGCCCCGGCUUUCAGCCUGCUCCUUGAAUUUAUGUAUGAGGGGAAGCUGGAGUUCAGCGCUCUGCCCGUGGAGGAUGUUCUGGCGGCGGCCAGCUACCUCCACAUGUACGACAUAGUCAAAGUGUGCAAAGGCAAGCUGAAAGAUAAGGAAGUUUCCUCCCUGGACGAGAAGUUAGGCGAGGGUUUGGGACUCGGCUGCCUGGACAGGGAGAACUCCUCGGAUGGGGAGCUGCACUGUAAGCAGCUCCUUCAGCGCCACUCUCAGGGGCUUCACAGGGCCUCCCCCGCAGGAGACUUUGACGCGGCCAACGGCGAAGUCAGGCUGGCUGUCACAGAUUGCGAUAGGUCCACGCAGAGCAGGCAGAAGGCGAACGGUCACUCCGGCAGGUCCCCGGACCUUGUAGGUGUCAAUUAUAUGUCAGCGGAGGCCGAGACCUGCGUCCAAACAGCUGGAAAAACAAAAGCUGAUGUCAGUAGCUCCACCGCGUUGCUGUCCCAGAGGUCCCGGGCUUCGGAUGACAUGGACUGCGCGCUGGAUUUGUCUUUCAAGCCUCUGUCUAGCAGAGAUCUCUUACACCCCUCCUACGUCUCGGGACAGCUGGCCCUCGACAGCCAGCAGCAGGGCACUGAGCCACUUGUUAAAGACGAACACGACUUGCUGUCAGAGCAGGAGGACAGUGAGCCGAUGAGCCCCGAGAGCCAGCGCUUUGGGAAUAGCGCCAGGAGCUCAGUGGUGACAGGGUUCGCUGCCCUCUUCCCAGGCAACAACGGCGCCACAGCCGCCCUGCUCUCCCAGGAGGAGGACCUGAUGGACGAGGAGGGGGAGGCCUGCGGGCGGAGGGAGGGCGGCGCGGGCAGGGAGCCGGACAGGAGGGGCAGGCUCCUGGGGGACAGCGAAGAGGAGGAGGAGGACGACCUGGCCUCCUCCGACAUCUCCACCUCCAGCGGGGUGCUCCUGCCUCCGGGCCAGCAGGCGUGCGUGUGUCCCCUCUGCAGCAAGAUCUUCCCCAGCCCGCACGUGCUGCAGCUGCACCUCAGCUCGCACUUCCGCGAGAAGGACGGCGCCCGCUCCAAGCUGUCGCCCGACGGCUCCGUGCCCACGUGCAUGCAGUGCAACAAGACCUUCUCGUGCAUGUACACGCUCAAGCGCCACGAGCGCACCCACUCCGGCGAGAAGCCCUUCACCUGCGCCCAGUGCGGCAAGAGCUUCCAGUACUCCCACAACCUGAGCCGGCACGCGGUGGUGCACACGCGCGAGAAGCCGCACGCCUGUAAGUGGUGCGAGCGGCGCUUCACCCAGUCCGGGGACCUUUACCGCCACAUCAGGAAGUUUCACUGUGGCCUUGUUAAAACCCUCGCCAUUGGAUAAACCACCUCUCACCAGUGCCAUAUUAAGACAGAAUGUCCUUUCAAUACACUGAAUACUACUACUGAACAAUUUUUGCUGUUCUUAUAACCAAGUUGGCAGUUUGUUUAAGACGUAUCCUGGGGGGCAUAUCUUAAGUUUAUAAAGAUGUAGCAACUUUCAAACUGCAGCUGUCUCUCUUGUGCUGGACUAUGUUGGUGGCUGCUGUUUUUUUUUUUUUUUUUUUUUCUGGGUCUGUGUCACAGAGAGGUCAAAUCAGAUGAUGCACUUGAUAGUUUCUGUCUAGUUUGUCGUCAAUCUGUUGAGUUUAUUUAAUGCGCGUAUGUGCUGGAAGGAUUCAAAUUCUUUUGGCACUGCAGAAUGCUUACACACAAUCGUGGGAGAAAUGGAGAAUGAGGUUUGUUUGUGCAGAUGGGAGAUCAGAACCGUCCGUGAGUAGCAGUAUCUGGUUUCUUUUUUUAAACGCCUACUUUUGUUUUACUAUUUAUUUUGGAGCUUUUUUAGCCCUAAAACUAUCAUGAAACAGAAACACAAAUGAAGUUAAACUACUGGAAGUAUGACAUUUUACUGUUUAGUUUUGGCAAUUCAGUUUUUUUUUAUAAUGUAUGAAGAGAAGCAAGCAGGCCACCAUACGUUUUUCUUUUUCUUUUUUUAUCUAUUCAUUUUCCAGCUCCUUUAGUGUUGAGCACAUCCUGAUGGAUUGACCUUAUAUUUGCCACUAAAUCAACAGAAGAAAGAGGACAAGAGGCAGAGAUGCACUGAUCAGGCUUUUCUUCAUCGAAAUUGAUUUCUGUUUUUCUGC